AUGACUGAUCGCAAACAUCAAACCAAUCAAGACUAUCAAGACCAACAAGACCAUCAAGGUCAUCAAGGUCAUCAAGGUUAUCAAGACCAACAAGACCAACAACCAACAAAAACCAAUGCUAAUUUGAAAUAUUAUAAGGGUGCUGCCCAAGAAUCACUCGGUAAAACGUUGGGUAAUGAAAAAAUGAAACUUGAAGGCGAAUCAUUAAAAUUACAAGGUCAAGGUGAACGUGAAGCCAUUAAAAUUCAAGGUCAUAACGAAGGUACAAAAGAAAAAGCAACUGGUACCACCAAAGAAAAAGUUGGCCAUGUGUUGGGCAAUAAAAGAAUGGAAAAUGAAGGCACUGCAACGAAACUUUCUGGUGAUGCAAAACAUCACAAUAAUUAUUAA